AUGGGGACUCAACCACAACCACAACAACCACACCAACCACAACAUGUUCCAUUUCAACAACAACCACCGCAACAACAACUUCAACAACCGCCAGCUUCACAAACUCAACCACAAACUUUUCCAACACAACAACAACAACCGCCACAACCGCAUCAGCCUCAACAAUCUCAGCAAAUUCAACAACAGCCAGCUUCACAAAUUCAACCACAACCUUCUCCAACACAACAACAACAACCGCCACAACCGCAUCAGCAGCAACAAUCUCAGCAACUUCAACAACAGCCAGCUUCACAAAUUCAACCACAACCUUCUCCAACACAACAACAACAACCGCCACAACCGCAUCAGCCUCAACAAUCUCUGCAACUUCAACAACAGCCAGCUUCACAAACUCAAUCACAAGCUUUUCCAACACAACAACAACAACCACUACAACCGAAUCAGCAGCAACAACCUCAACAACCUCAAAAUCCUCUACCACAACCUGUUCCACAACAACUCACACAAGGAAAUUCGAAUAAAACCAAUUGUUUGUCAAUCGCAAUCGGGGGAGAAAUACAAUUAACUGACAAAAUUCGAGAACGUGGGCAACAUCUAUUGAAAUCUUCAGUGUUUAGGUAAGAUUCUCACACAUUUUUCACGGUUUAUCGUUUAAUGAUUGUUUCAAAUAAUUCAAGUAUUUCAUAUUUCAGAAGAGUGCUGCAGAUCGUCUACGUCCCCAAUGAGAUCAACCACGCUAAAUUGUUGAAAAGUUUUGGAAAUGAUGGAGGCUAUGAAAGUUUUGAAAGAUCAAAAACAGGGAAUGCAGGUUUUAUCACAUUUGUGAGUUUUUUCCUUUGUGUCAUCUAAAUUUGAUAAACAAUUUAAGUAUAUAAAAGUUCAGUUUGAAAAAAAUAUUGUGACUUAAUCAUUCUACAAAAAAUUGACGUUUUUUUUUAAAUUUUGAUAUUAAAAUUGUGCUUUCCUGAUAUUACACAUGAUCCUUCGGAAAAAUAAGUAAAAUUCACGUUUUUCUUGCUGAAACACGUGAAUUUUUUUUGAACAUUUUUUAAAAGAUUCGUCAUUAGUAAAUGAAAAGUUGACCGAUUUUUUUAGAAAACUAUUGCAAAAACUGAAGAAAUUGCACGAAACGGAUCAAUUCAAAUAGGUGGUUUUGAUUUAAUCGUGAAAAAAAGAAGAGAGAUCGUGCUGGAAGUGUCAAAUUUUCCGAGUUUGCUGUCGCAAGUAGACUGUUUCAGUCUUGUCUGCACCAUUUUGAACCCAAUUGGAGUUGAACAAAUUAUGGACUCGGCUGGAACCACUGGAGUGAUCAAAUUGUUCUAUUAUGAUAUAACAAUUGCUCAACAGGACUUCACUAACCUCAACGAUAAUAUGUAUUGGAUCUUGGACAACCGGUACGUGAAAUAAAAUCAAAUUAUUUUUUAGUAAUGGGGUGAUUCAGUCGAAUUAAUCGACGUGAAUUUGUCAAUUAAUUGGCAAAAAAUCCGAGUCUUUUAGUGCGAUUAAUUUCACGUUUUUGUUAAUUCCUCGCUUUCAUUUCUUGGCAAAAAAUGCGAUUAAUUGCAUUAAAAAUAAAAUUUUGACCUAUAUUUUAAAACGUGACCUAUAUGAGUUGCAAUUAUCAACAGAAAACUCAUCUUCUCUCACUUUUUCUUUCAUUUCGAAAUGAAUUCAAAAAAAAACCAGAGAAUUUAGAACACGUUUCGAAAAAAAGGUCAAAUAAACUCUAUUUCAUGUUGCAACUCCUCAUUUUUGAAUACAAUGAAUUGCAGAAAAAUAUGGAAUUAAUCGACAAAAACGUGAAAAAAUCGCACAAAAAUGACUCGGAUUUUCUGUCAAUUAAUCGUUAAAAAAACGAAUUGAAUCACACCAUAAGAAAAUAUAAUUUAGAAAAAAGUCGAUAUUAUGAACGUUGAAUGAGAAAGACAAACUAUUUUUCUAAAACUCUGAACUCCAAAUCAUACCACGCCCAGGGUGAGGCAUUUGCACGGCGCCAAUAAAAAAUUUCGGAAAUUCACCUCGCCAAUUUGAGAUUUUCUUGAAAAACAACAAAUUUUUGCUUGUUUUUCCGUAAAAAAAGUCGUAUUUUUCAGUCAAAAAGGUUGUUUUCACCUCGCCAAAAAUUUUCAAAACCCACACCGCCAAUUUUUAAAGUUAAUUUGCACGAAGCUGGGCGUGGUAUGCUCCAAAUAUAGAAAUUUAUUUUGAAUAUUGAAAAUCGUAAGAUAUCUGAAAAUGUGAAAUCAAUGUAAAUAAGUUAUUGAUUAUUUUCUAAAAAAUAAUGUGUUUCUUCAAAAAUUGACAUUAAAGUCUUUCACGUCGAUAUUAUGAAUCUUUCACCAAGUCAUCAUGUAAUUUUUUAUAGACCAUUGAUUUGUGUUUUAUACACGAAUUACCCGGACUUCGUCACUCAAUCAAUGCUCACCGAUUCUGAGAAAAAUAAGUGAGUUUAUUUAACAUUCGAUUGUUAAAUUAUCUUGUUUUUGAAUGUCACUUUCCAGAUCCAACACAUAUUCUAUCAAACGAAAAGCACCAACAACUCAAGAAUUCGUCCUUUGGAAAGAUUUGCAACAAGCGUUUCGAGAUGAAGUCACAGAGACUGAGGAUCUCAAAAAAGAAUACAGCAAAAGAAAGGAUGGCGUAUUGUUGAAAUUCGACAUGGAAAGUAACAAAAGCGAAAAAGAGCGAUUGGAGAAAAGUCAGUUUUUUAAAGUAUAUGUUUAUAAGCAACGGGCCUAGGGUUUUCAAUAAUUUUGUUUUCGAGUUAUUAAAGAGAUAAGCAUAAUUUUCAGAACGCCAAUUUUAUGACGAAGAGAUCAAACAGAAGGAGAAGCUUUUGAGAAAUUGGGAUAAAAGGCCGAAGCUCGAUGAAAAGCCAGCCAUUUUUCGAAAGAAGUAA